AUGAGCACGGCACGGUUGCUUGACUCGGCAGUCCUCGACGAAACGCGCGCUCCUCGUGCCCGAUUCCACAACUACCUCCGAGCGUUGUAUCCUUUCCAGCCAGCCGCUUCGCAGGUGUCUACCACGGUCACACUGCCUCUCAAUGCUGGCGAUUUGAUCUUGGUACACUCUGUGCAUGUCAAUGGCUGGGCUGACGGCACUUUGUUGGACACUGGUGCGCGCGGUUGGCUGCCAACCAACUAUUGUGAAGCCUACGACCAUGCCGCCAUGCGACCCCUCCUCAAGGCAUUGACCGACUUCUGGGAUUUGGUACGAUGUGGCGGUGACUCCAACCUGAAUGUGUUUCGAAAUCAAGACUAUAUGAGAGGAUUGGUUGCCGGAGUUCGUGCUUUGCUAGAAAGGUGCCAGUGCCUCGCGCGGAAUGCGGCCCUGGUGAAAGAACAUGAAGGUAUCAGGAGGACUCGCAAGAACCUCCUGUCGGAUCUUGCAUGGCUCGUCAAAGCCGCCCGACUGUUGCAGCAAAAGGUUGGCGGACAAUCUCCCCACAGGGAUCUUGACAUUAGGUUAGAUGAUAUGCUUCUGAAGGCGUUCAAGAUCGUGAUGCGGGCUGCUCUUUUCUUUGACGCGUGGAUAGAGCAGACUACAAGCGAUCCAGUGGACGCUUGGACAAGGGCAGAAUCAUCAGCUCUAUCGGCUUCACAGGAGACUGAUGAUGGCCGAUACCGAAGAGAGUCGGUGGCUGCCGACACCACCCCCAUCUCUCCAAAGCCUGCUGUGAUGCGCCGCCACUCUUCACUCACCCAUCGAAUGUCUUAUACUACUCCGAAGAACUCAAAGCUCAUUUCGGAAUGUCUUCACCGAACUUAUGACGACUUUCUGACCGUUCUGGCAUCCUUCCUGGGUUCUCAUUUACAAUCCCGCUCGUCUUCCGAGCUGUUGGCCACGACUCAAAACGCCGUGCGCUCAUGCCGUCAACUAUUCGUGAUUGUCGAAACUGUCAUCGAGCGAGAUCAUAACACCUCCCGACCAUUGGUGCAGGCAAAGGAUGCCUUGUACGACGCGAUCACUGAACUGGUGCACUCUGCACGAGAAGUGUUCAAGCCUUUCCACACUGCGGACGAAGAUAUAGCCUACCUACCGGACGAGGCUCACAACCUCCUGCAGGCGGCCACUGCCUGUGUGAGUGCGGCGGGUCGAUGUGUUGCGAGGACCAAGGCCACACUGGAGGAGAUUGGCGACUUUGAAAUCGAGGAUCUUGCCCAAUUGUUUGGGAGGGCGUCAGAUGGGUCGAAUACGCGAGACUCUGCUCAACCCGAGACCGUUACCGCCCCUAGAUGUGCUCCCGAGAAAGGGCCCGUGGAGGAAGUUUCCGAGAACAAAAAAGCAGGAUUUUCAAUCUCCCAAGGAAUGCUGAGUCCUCCACUUUCGUUCAACAGUGCCGGAUCACCACCGACCGCCGUCGACACUUCUCGAACGUCUAAGCCCAAUGAUAACGUCCAACCCAGGCAUCUUCCUGUCUCACAUCGUGACAAGGCCGUUGGAGUAUCACAGUCCGACGCCCAUGCGCAAUCUUCAAGACUACAAGUUACCAGCGGCUCUGACAGGCAUCGCCGACUAUCAUGUACCCGCCCAUCCACAGCUUCAACCCGUAUCAAUUCAGUCUAUGAAGCCGAUCCACCGGCUGAGUCAUGGGCAACCACACCCACACUUGGUGGAUCUUUCUCGGAUGAAGACGCCGAAGCAGAAAUACUAGUCGUCACGUUUGCCCAGGAACUGGUUUUCAAUCGGGAGGGUGCAGUCGUUGGAGGGACUUUGAAUGCGCUGGUGGAACGAUUGACAACACACGAUUCCACCUCGGACCCCGUUCUCAGCAGCACGAUCUAUCUGACAUUUCGGCAAUUUACCACACCCGAAGAAUUUGCUCAGGCUUUGGCGUAUCGGUUUGAAUAUGUUGGGGCGAACCCAAAUAUUGCCAGUGCGGUACGACUUCGUGUGUACAAUGUGCUCACGGCUUGGAUGGAGUCUUACUGGAGGCACGAUUGCGACGACACGGCCUUCCCCGUCAUCGUUGGCUUUGCAAGAGAGCAGCUCAGGCCAGUGCUCCCAAUGGCAUGUCAGAGAAUCCUCGAAUUGGCCGACAUAGUGUCUUCCGCUCAGAGCCCGAUCCUGCCAAGGCCAAAUACAUCAUAUACCGAUUCACCUGGCCCUCUACCAUCCCCGAUCAUAUCCAAGAGCCAGCUGACCGCCCUGAGGACAUGGAAAAUGGGCGGCGGUAAUGUCAGCAUCCUCGAUUUUGAUCCCCUUGAGCUUGCGCGCCAGAUUACAUUGAAAACUUCGAAGAUUUUCUGCUCCAUCUUACCAGAGGAGUUGCUGGGGACGGAAUGGACUAAACGAACGAGCUCGUUGGCCGUCAACGUAAGGGCCAUGUCGACACUCUCUACAGAUGUUUCGAAUCUGGUGUCAGAUUCUGUGCUCCAGCUGGAAGAGCCCAAGAAGCGUGCUGUCAUCAUCAAACAAUGGGUGAAGAUUGCGAACAAGUGCCUGGAAUUGCACAAUUACGACACCGUCAUGGCAAUUGUAUGCGCCCUGGAUUCGACCAACAUCAAACGCAUGAAGAAAACUUGGGAGUUUGUCCCACAGAAAACGAAACUGGUGUUCGAUGAGCUUUGCAAAGUGGUGGACGUGUCCAAGAAUUACUCUGUGCUUCGUCAUCGCGUUCAGUCGCAUGUGCCACCCUGUCUUCCUUUUAUCGGGGUCUACUUGACAGAUCUCACCAUGGUCGACUCCGCCAAUCCAGCUACCCGGCCCCUGUCCACGGAUGCCGGUGAGAUCUCUGUGAUCAACCUAGACAAACACAUCAAGACGACCAAGAUUAUUUCCGAACUCCAACGGUUCCAGGUUCCUUACAGGUUCUCCGAGAUAUCCGAGUUACAGGCCUGGAUGCGAGACCAAUUGGUACGAGUACGAUCCGUGGGGGAAAAGAGUUUUCAAAUGCACUAUCGGCGGUCCCUGGUCUUGGAGCCGCGUGAACCGAACAAAAGUCCAAACCCAGAAGCACAGCAGUCCAACAAGGAGCGGGAAAAAUUCGACUUUCUACAAUGGACGCAUCUACUUCCAAGAGAGAAGUCCGUUUCCGUCUCCAGUUGA